UACAAAGCAGCAUGUCCUUGCUGGCAGGAGAGAGACCUGUGUUGUUUACACACAGGUCUGUCCACUGUCAGCUUUACAUGGCGAUCAUCGGGUGCCGGCAGAGAAUCUCCCGCCGGGACCUGGUGAUUGACAUCCAUAGCCACCAAUGGCAGCAUGGGUAGGGCGACGCAAGCUCCCUACCUGGAAAUGCAAAUCACGUAUAUAUUCAUUGAGAAUUACUGAGUGAGCUGGGAGUGGUCACAGCUUGUCACACGGUACAAAGCUGUUGUGAAUAGCCUUGUACCAUGUGACCUCUGUGAUCAUUCACAGAUUUCACACA